UCGACCAAUUGAUCGCAUAUAAGAUACCGGCGACAACGGCCGCCAUUGAGUCUAUAAACCCUAUCAAUAGGGUUAACGUAAAUCUGUACAAAUAUAAGCCAAACGAAGAUCCGGACAAUAUUAUGACACUAUUCCUGAAGUUCCCUCAGGAGGACCUCCACAACAGAAUUCAGGCCAUCAUUAACUCUCCCAUCGAUAGUGCGAGUGGUCUUCAGAGACGAUAUUUUGUCUAUUAUUACGAUAAGUUACCGGCGGGACAGCCAUUACCGACCGGAGUAUCCGGAGACUGGAACAUCCGGCGCCACAUCAUAAUCGGUAAACCCGUCAGUUAUGGUUCACAACAUGAGAUCGAUUGGACGCACGACAAGAACAGCAGUCAAGAUUGUGAGAUAAUCUUUUCAAACGUAACCGCCGGCUUCACUCUGUCCGACACUUAUGCCAAGAGUGGCAACAAUUGGGAGUUUACUAUCAUUGAGAUGUUUGACAGUCAGUACAAUAUCAGUACCGUAUCGCUCGACCAGACGGGAGUGAAAACGAUUAAAGAAGUCAAGAAGGGAAACGUUGGCGACCUGUUUGGUUGCGCCGCCGCGACAGCCACUGUACCGCCUCCGCCCACCAUUGCUCCUCCGGGUGGAGCUUCAUCCGGAGCGCCGCCCGUAUCUCCCGGCUCUGGCGGCGCGACAGGUGGUGGUGUUAAUCCGGUGGGCGGCAACCAGACCUCCGUUCCCGGCGGCGACACCACUGUUAGU